CACAUGUGCAAAUCCCUUCGGGUGCGCGCGCUCGUUGCACGGAUUCCCGCGGGCGCGCCUGAGGUGACGUCACUUCCUCUCCGGGCCUGCCAGCUGGGAACCGGAGAAAUAGCAACAGUGCUUCUCCUGUUAGAUUUUCCAGGACAAUAAUUUUCCUGGCAUUUCCUCUGACAGACCAGCAAUGACCAGCUCUCCGGUGUCCCGUGUAGUUUAUAACGGCAAGCGCCCCACAAGCAGCACGCGCUCUCCAAGCAGCAGCGACAUAUUCACACCAGCUCAUGAGGAGAAUGUACGUUUCAUUUACGAAGCAUGGCAGAGUGUGGAGCGGGACCUGAGAAACCAAAUGUCUGGUGGGGACCGUGGAUUUGUGGAAGAGUACGUGGAGAAGCAGCCAAGCAACAACCUGAAAUCCUUCAAACCAGUUGAUCUCAAUGACCUGAAGAGGAGAAGCACACAGGACCCCAAGAAGUCAUAAUUUUCUAUACAGAUGCUCGACUUUUACCAACUGGCACAAUUGGGACUCGCCUUCAUCCUUUUUCCAUUUGGUCGUCCAUUACUGACAUAACGAAGCUUCUUUGAGACUGUACUGUGUGGACUAGGCAGAGGUUUUCUGCGCCCCAUUCAUCCACCCCCCCUUUCCCCAUCUCCCCUUCCCCAGUAAGAAGAGAAAACUCACUCCCUAUACCUCCGUUUGUCCCUUCCCUUUUACCUCGUGCGUCUGAUGCCCAAAAUCUGAUGAGUUAAAGCUCCUCUUUUUAAUCCUUAUUUAACCAGCUGAGAUUUUGACUUUGAGGGUGGUAUAUAUUUAUGUGGUAGCUGGGUUCAUGUUCAAUCCCAGCAUCAAAGCUCCAUAGGUCAACCGGCUAUUAAAUGGCUCAUCAUA